AUGUCUACUUCAUCUCUAAGAAUCGUCUUGAUUGGCCCACCAGGUGCCGGUAAAGGUACCCAAGCACCAAAAUUAGUUGAAAAAUACAACGCUGCCCAUUUAUCCACCGGUGACAUGUUGAGAUCUCAAAUUGCCAAGGGUUCUGAACUAGGUUUAGAAGCCAAGAAAAUCAUGGAUAAAGGUGGUUUAGUCUCUGAUGAAAUCAUGGUCAACAUGAUCAAAGAUGAAUUGACUAAUAAUCCAGCUUGUAAGAAUGGGUUCAUCUUGGAUGGGUUCCCAAGAACUAUCCCACAAGCUGAAAAAUUAGAUCAAAUGUUGGCUGAACAAGGUACUCCUUUACAAAGAGCUGUAGAACUAAAAGUUGAUGAUGAUUUGUUAGUCUCAAGAAUCACUGGAAGAUUGAUCCAUCCUGCUUCUGGGAGAUCUUAUCAUAAAUUGUUUAAUCCACCAAAGGUUGAUAUGAUUGAUGAUAUCACUGGUGAACCUUUGAUUCAAAGAUCUGACGAUAAUGAAGACGCUUUGAAGAAAAGAUUGGCUGGUUAUCAUGCUCAAACUGAACCAAUUGUCGAUUUCUAUAAGAAGAGCGGUAUUUGGUCAGGUGUUGAUGCUUCUCAACCACCUGCUACAGUUUGGGAUGAAAUUUUGAAAGCUUUGAACUAA